GUUUGGACGUCGGUUAGUUAAUUUGUUUCUUUAUUUAUCCUGCCCUUAACUACCUAAGUUGCCAAUUCCUAUUUGUGGUGGUCUACCUCGCCUUACCCACCGUCGUCCAACCACUUACCGUCUUUCGUGGGCGCUAAGCUACCCCCAUCCCCCCUCAGGCCCUUGGGUCUCCUGCAAAUAGGAUACAUACAUGUCUUUCGACCUUAAAGCCUCUUAUUUCCCUCUAUAGUUUUAUAUACUAGCGGCCCCCUCCUUUUCAACUUCCACCUCAUCUUCUUGUGAAUAUGCUUACAUGGACAUCAGGGAUCUCCUCGUUCGUCACGAGAAACUCGUUCACCUCAAUGAAGGGUCUAACAAGGACGGCAACCGGCCCCGGAAGCCGUCGACGGCCGGCGCUGCCCAACAGCCUCUAUCGGCCGAGAGCCAUGUCGAUUCCGAAAUGAUGGGUAUCCAUCGGGCUCACCCACAGCACUAUCAUUCAGACUCUAUGUCCUCUUCUGUGACUGUCCCUCCACUUGCUCCUGACCCUCGUCACUCCGCCAGGGCUGCUGCUUGCAAUCUCGAUCUUUUGUCUGAUGCUGCCACCCAAAUCGCUUCCGCGAAUGAGGUUAACUCGAUGCAGCCGAUGAUGACGGAUAUUGGACAACCAGGGACUGGUUUAACACGCAUUAAGUCAUACGACGAAGAAAUACCAUAUACCGACCGCGGACGUGAGCCCGAAACUGUUACUAUGUCACACGGGCUACCAAAUGCCGCCGGGCCGUCUACCUUCGACGAUUACAACCUCUUCCUAGACGAGUUUGCGACGUCAUCUCACUUCCUCCCACAAGUCUUCGAUGGGGAUCUGGGAAUGGGUAUCUGGCCACGUCAUCUUUCUGAUAUCCAUCGGGGUGGGCUUUCAAAACCGUCGUCUCAGUUUCCUUCCCGUUUCCCGUCAUUAGCCCCUGACCCGAGAGAUCCCUCGGAAGGCGGGCCUAGGACACACGACGAAUCGACGAGAUCGCUGCCCAUGCGAGUCUCCGUGAUGGAUCACACUGUUAUCAAGAACCGGCUCGACGAAUUCUCGUCCGUUUUACCGAAUGACUUCAUUUUUCCUUCUCGUCAUACUCUCACCCGAUUUUUGGAAGGGUAUGUAAGCGGUUUCCACGAACACUUGCCGAUACUGCAUCUACCAACGAUAACAGCUGCUGAUCUGGCACCGGAACUUCUAUUGGCGAUUCUAGCAGUAGGCGCGCAAUAUAGAUUCGAGAGCCAUCGAUCAAAUGCUUUAUGGUAUGCAGCUAAAACCGUAGCGAUUGAGCAAAUUCGACGUCGUCAUAGUCAUGAAAUUCACGGUUUGUUGCCAACUCCAGCGGCGUAUAGCCCCCAUUCUACGCGACCUUCUCCAAGCCAUGGAUUCCGCCAUUCAUUCAGUUCUGUUCAACAGGAACGUUCGAUGACCCAAGAUACGCACCGAGAGCCAUAUUCUCCUAAUACUCCACAAUCUCGUAUGGAAACCAUCCAGGCUCUGCUAUUAUUAUUUGCCGUCGGACUCUGGGGCGCCAAAGCUAUUCUUCGUGAAGCCCUAUCAUUACAAAGCCUUCUGGCUCUUCUAGUACGCGAGGAAGGGUUUCUAUCAGAAUCGACGCAGACCGCCGACUGGGAGGCUUGGGUCCGAAUAGAAGGAGCUAAUCGUACAAAACUUAUUGCGUACUGUUUCUUUAAUCUCUGUAGUAUCGCGUAUAAUAUGCCGCCACUACUACUCACAUCGGAACUCAACCUCACUCUCCCACAUUCAUCAAAACUCUGGAGAGCAGAGACUGCUUGGCAGUGGCAAGAAGCUCGUCAAUCGUUCCCUAGUAUGGAUAUACCACUCCAAGAUGCGUUUGCGAGAUUAUUCAGUAGGCCACCACAAGGACCUCCAGCUUACAUGUCCUCUCUUGGUAAUUAUAUUCUCAUCCAUGCCAUAUUACAACAUAUCUUUCUCCUAAAGCAAACAUCUUUUAACUCGGUGUCUCUCUUUGGUGGACUUCGCCACGAUGACGUUGAGGAUUGCUUUCAGGCCCUACGGAUCUGGCAGAUGAGUUUCGAACAGCAUCAAGCGCGAAUCACAGAAGGUAGCUACCAGAAUGGGCAAGAUUCGUUACCUGGUGGCUCUGUUACUUAUAAUUCGACUGCGCUCUGGCGCUUGGCUUCCAUUCGGUUGUAUACAGACUUGAGUCCCAGCAGGACCCUCGAAACAAGAGAUGCGAAUCAGAUUGCGCAGGCUUUCCACGAUGCACCGUAUCUCGUUCGUAGCGUGCGCCUUAACCGGGCAGUUUUUCAAGCCGUCCAUGCAUUGUCUAUGCUUGUUAAAAUGGGCGUGAACUACGUAGCGAGAAGAAAGUCAUCAGAAUGGAGCAUGCAACACUCACUAUGUAAUCUGGAAUGCGCUAUCCUUCUUUCAAAAUGGUUAAUGACACUUGCUUCGAUCGGCCCGACGGGUGCGCCUCCUGAGCCCGACGAACGAAACCUCCUCGAAAUGCUGCGUCAUAUGUUGGACGAAACAGAGUUUGCGGUGCCGAUCGACCCUUCGCUCUCAGGAGGCGCUCCGGGACACGGACCAGCAAACAUGGAUAUGGCUGUGAACGACGGUUCGAAGUUGCGUCAGCUGGCCGUGGCCGUAAUUCGGCUCUGGGCCGAAACAUUCAAGGGGUCACAUAUCUUUGAUAUGGUAAAAGUAAUUGGCGCUGGGUUAGAAGGAUACGCAGACCUGAUAGAGAAGCCGCGGGAUAGAACGCCUCUAGGUCGGAUGGGGCCUAAUUCGGGGCUUGGCUGAGCGGACCGGACAACAAAGGAAUUUACCUACGAUGUUCUUCUCGAAGAGCUGUGCGCGGUAAACGACAAAUAGGUACGACACAUCCUAGCCGAACUUGGGCUCGGAAUUAAAUUCUCGCCUUUAAUCCUGGCUAUCUAACCGACGUCUUGAGAAGUUUGGGGAUGGUUGUACUUUUGGCCGAAUAUUAUUAAGUGCUAGGCCGCAAUGGGGAACCAUGCUGGGCGUCGCAAAUCCGAAACGGGCAAUAACCGCAAGUAACGCUGUCGGGUUGGGGCGUAUGAUGACCUCCAACAAUGGCCUCUUAUGGAGAUAGGUAGUGGUUAGAAGGAGUAAUAUGUUCCGACUAUUAAUAACAUCCUAGGAGGUUAAUUACAAGCGCGGGAAUGGGGGCAGUGGGAUGGGGCGGGGAGCUGCCGUGGACCAUCCCAAAUUAGCAAAAUAGCAAAGGAACAUAAUGAUUGCAGCUAAACAAUGAACGCCUACCUAUCUUCUUGACCAUUUCC